CACGAAAGUGAAGGAAAAUAGCGUGAUCUGUUUCCCUACCACGACGGGAAUACACAUUUCAAAGAGGGGGAGCAGAGAAGCGAGCUCUGUAGUCUGCGAAAAAAAAUUUUGUCCCUCUCACUGGGUAGGAGAAGAGAACCCUAAAGUGGUAACAGUCACGUUUUAAGCAGAAAAUGAAACUCCUUCACGGCCCUCUCCCCAGCCACAGAUCUGUCAUUUACUCCAUCAUUUAUAGUGAUGCAACAGGACAGAGAGGAAUGGAUAAAAAUAUUGGCGAGCAACUCAAUAAAGCUUAUGAAGCCUUUCGACAGGCAUGCAUGGAUAGAGAUUCUGCAAUAAAAGAACUACAGCAAAAGCAGACUGAGAGCUAUGAGCAGAGAAUACGUGAGCAACAGGAACAGCUGUCACGUCAGCAAACGCUCAUUGACAAGCUCAAGUCACAGUUACUUCUGGUGAAUUCCAGUCGAGAUAACAGUUGUGGCUAUGUUCCCCUGCUUGAAGACAGUGAAGCAAGGAAGAAUAAUUUGACUCUUGAUCAGCCUCAUGAUAAAGCAAAAUCAGGAACACCAAGAGAAAAAGAAUCAAAGGUAAGAAGACAAGAGGUUUCCUCUCCAAGAAAAGAAACUUCACCAAGGAGUCUUGGCAUUCCUUUAUUCCAUGAAAGGAGCUAUAUAGAGAAGACUUUCUGGGAUCUGAAAGAAGAAUUUCAUAGAAUAUGCGUGCUAGCUAAAGCACAAAAAGAUCACUUAAGCAAACUUAAUGUACCAACCACUGCAGCUGAGACACAGUGCUCUAUGCCUGUACAGUGUACGGAUAAAACAGAUAAACAAGAAGUGCUGUUUAAGCCUCAGGCAAAAGAUGAUAUAAAUAGAGGUGCACCAUGCAUCACAUCUGUCACACCAAGAGGACUGGGCCAAGAUGAGGAAGACACAUCUUUUGAAUCACUUUCUAAAUUCAAUGUCAAGUUUCCACCUACGGACAAUGACUCGACUUUCUUACAUAGCACUCCAGAAAGACCCGAUGUCCUUGGUUCUGUCACAGCUGAGACUGUGUGCCAGGAUCAAUUUAAUAUGGAGCCCAGAGACAAUCCAGGAAACUUUGUCAAAACAGAAGAAACUUUAUUUGAAAUUCAGGGAAUUGACCCCAUAGCUUCAGCUAUACAAAACCUUAAAACAACUGACAAAACAAAACCCUCAAAUCCUUGUAUUAGGACAUCUCUGGACAGAGCUCCGUGUUUGCCACCUGGAGACCAUAAUGCAUUAUUUGUAAAUACAUUCCCACUUCAGGACCCAUCUGAUGCACCUUUUCCUUCACUCGAUUCCCCAGGAAAAGCUAUCCGAGGACCACAGCAGCCCAUUUGGAAGCCCUUUCCUAAGCAAGACAGUGACUUAUCGGUACCAAGUGGCACAGGCUCUGAACUGCAUAUACCUCAAGUAUGUGAAUUCUGUCAAGCAGUUUUCCCACCAUCCAUUACAUCCAGGGGGGAUUUCCUCCGGCAUCUUAAUUCACACUUCAAUGGGGAGACUUAAGAUGCAUUUGAAAACAGACAUCUCAAGUUCUACGUGAUGAUUUUGGGUUUGUAAUAUUAUAUAUUAAUACUUGAUUGCAGACUUAGCUCAAGAUUAUUUACUGAAAAGUCCAGUCACUGCUAUUUGAAUUUUUUUCUAAACUUAAUAUCAUAACUGUCUUUUAUUGACUUUUAAAAGAUUGUUUUGUACAAAGCUGUAAUUCAUUGUAUUCAUGUUUACAGUGUUUAUUAUGUAUGGGAUUAUGCAAUUGUGUAACAAUAAUUUAUGUUUUUUUCAAAUGUCUAAGCUUAUUGCUUGGGUUUCUAGUUAGAUCUAUUGAAUGUGGUGAUGUCAAAUGUUUAUAGGGUUUUUUUAAUUUGUUUUCAUUUUAAAAUUUAGAUUAUUUAUGCAUUGGGUGUUCUUUUUGAAUAAACCUAUAAUAGAGAAUAGUAGACAAGAUAAAUAUCUGAGUAAAUACCAAACUUAAGACAUUUGUUGCUUAGUGAUAAAAAUCACUAGUGGGAUUAUUUAAAAACUUUAGUUUUUUUUUAAUAAUAGACAUAAGUUUAAUUCUUUCUGUAUGUAUAGCUACAUGAUGAAGUUAGUUAAAUAUUAAGAGUUACUUAUGUUGUGAUAGUUACUGUGUUCUUUGUUCCUGAAUAAAAAAAUAAAUCACAUUUGGGGGAAGUUCA